CACCAACAGUACCACAACCCACCCAAAACCUUGCAAACGGGCAAUGACUCUUCGUCGCCGCCGAGAUCAACAACGGACCCAUAUACGCCAGCUUAUCGCAUCGCCCCAGAUGCAUGGCCUUGGAGAUACCCGACAAACAUCUACUUGCAUCGUCUCCUCCAUAUAACGCCUUAACUUCUAGUCCUCUAAACUGCCUUCCCUCCUUCAAAGUUCCUGGCAGAACCUCGGGUCGCGAACCGAUAUAUUGUAGUUCCUCGCGGACGUGGUUUUAGUUAGACAAAAUUUGUCGCAUAAUACGUCAGUCGUUCGACGUCGUACACAUUUCAUACCUUUUUUAUUAUUCUUUUUCUUCUUCUUCUUCCAUCAGCUUCCCACUGAACAAGCGAGGUCAGGAUGGGUGUACCCAAGUUCUUUAGAUGGCUCUCGGAGCGAUAUCCUGCGAUAUCCCAGCUCAUUGCAGAGAAUCGUAUCCCUGAAUUCGAUAACCUUUAUCUGGAUAUGAACGGUAUCAUACACAAUUGUACCCACAAAGACACUCACGAUACCUCAUUCCGUCUUAGUGAAGAUGAAAUGUUUAUCCGUAUAUUUAACUAUAUCGAGCACUUGUUUGGCAAGAUAAAGCCCAAGAAGCUAUUUUUCAUGGCCAUUGACGGGGUGGCCCCCAGGGCGAAGAUGAACCAACAGAGAGCUCGUCGUUUCCGAACUGCCUUAGACGCCGAACAGGCUCGCGAGAAAGCAAUACGGGAAGGCCAAGCAUUGCCAAAGGAGGACCCCUUUGACAGUAACUGUAUUACACCAGGAACCGAGUUCAUGGCUAAGUUAACCGAGCAGCUCAAGUAUUUUAUCAACAAAAAGAUAUCCGAGGAUUCCGACUGGCAGGUCUGCGAUGUCGUUCUGUCAGGCCACGAAGUUCCUGGCGAAGGAGAGCAUAAGAUCAUGGAGUACAUCAGGAACGCGAAAGCUCAACCCGAUUACCACCCCAAUGUCCGUCAUUGUUUAUAUGGCCUGGAUGCUGAUCUUAUCAUGUUGGGCUUGUUGAGUCAUGAUCCGCAUUUCUGCCUACUUCGAGAAGAGGUUACCUUCGGCCGUGCCUCAAAGACAAAAUCAAAGGAGCUAGAGCAUCAAAACUUCUACUUAAUGCACCUGUGUAUAGUUCGGGAAUACCUGGAGUUGGAGUUCCAGGACUUGAAAAAGGAAGGCGCCAUAAAAGUGCCUUUCGACAUGGAGAGAAUCAUUGACGAUUUCAUACUCAUGGCGUUCUUCGUCGGCAACGACUUUCUUCCAAGUCUGCCUAAUCUUCAUAUUAAUGAAGGAGCCCUUGCAACUAUGUUUCGUAUUUACAAACAGGUUCUUCCGCGAUGCGACGGUUACAUCAACGAAGGUGGAGUCAUCAACCUCCCCCGUCUGGGGCUGUUGCUAGAGGAACUGUCCAAGGAAGAAAAUAGAUAUUUCGAGCACGAGUACGCCGAUUCCAGGUGGCUCAAAGGUAAACAAGCAGUAGAAGCCAACGGCGACGCACCAGCCAAGACGAAAGGAACGCUUGUCAUCACCAGCUCACAGAACGAACUAUGGAGGAAAAUUCGGAACUUCAUAAAUACGCGGUCGCCUGCGCCCCUGGACCUUGGUCACAAGCUUGCUGCCGCCGAUCGAAAAUUUGUACAGGAGGCCGCUGAUAGUCUUCAUGUGCAAUUGCGCACCAUUGAAGACGAUGAUGGACGACGCAAUCUAGUCCUCUCAAUCCCCACGAAUCCAGAUGCUGAUGAAAAUGAUGAAGAAGAGGAAGAGGGUCAUAUGGCCUUGCUUCGUGUCGUGAAGCGUUAUGACAAGGCUCAGAUAGUAGACUCCUCAGCUGAAGAAGCCCAGGCGGCUGCGCAGGCAAAGUAUGAAAAAAAAUUCAUGGAAUGGAAAGACAAAUACUAUACAAGCAAAUUCGAAUGGUCCCCGGAGGUUAAGGAGACGGAACUGAAGAAGCUUUGUGAAAAUUACGUUCAAGGCUUACAGUGGGUGCUGUAUUACUACUACAAAGGGGUAGCUUCUUGGCCAUGGUUCUAUGCUUAUCACUACUCUCCCAUGACGUCUGACAUUAUUAAGGGCAUGAAUGCCGAUCUAACAUUCAAACUCGGCCAGCCCUUCCGUCCGUUCGAACAGCUCAUGGGUGUUCUCCCUGACCGAAGCAAGAAGAUUGUUCCUUCGGUAUAUCACGAGCUCAUGACAGAUCCGAAAUCACCAAUUAUCGAUUUCUAUCCGAGGGAUUUCGAGCUGGACAUGAAUGGCAAGAAAAUGGAAUGGGAGGCAGUUGUUAAAAUCCCUUUCAUCGACGAAAAGCGGCUUUUGUCCGCAAUGGCACCUAAAAAUGAGCUUCUUACACCAGAGGAAAAGGCCCGAAAUGGUUUUGGUGUUUCAAUGAAGUUCACAUACGAUCCUAACAUUGACUUCAUCUACCCUUCGUCCAUGGUCGGAAUUUUUCCAGACAUUCCCCAUUGCCAUUGUGUCGAAAAUAUAUUCGAUCUACCUACAACAGAAGGGCUAGAUUUGUAUGUUGGCCUCCUCGAUGGUACGAAGGUCGGUGUGGACGCGUUAGCAGGAUUUCCUAGUCUUGCUACGCUACCUUACAAUGCUGCCCUAGGCUUCCACGGAGUCAAUGUCUUCCAGCAGGAAAGUCGAAACGAGAGUAUGGUUGUUACUCUAGCUGACGUAGAGCUCCGAAGUGGAGUCGAGUCUGCGAAAGUCAAGCUGGGGCAAAAAUGCCAUGUCGGCUACCCCUUCCUGCAGGAGGCCAAGAUCACACGUGUAUCAGACGAGCUAUUCGACUAUUCGUUGGCUCCCGAUGGUUCCGGUCAAGCGAUACAAACUCCCCAUUCUGGAAGGGAGAUUGACGAGUGGAAUAGAAAAGCCUCACGUAUUGAGAACUUCUACAGUAGCCGACUAGGUAUCAUCAUUGGCCCCGUUGAGUCUAUGGUCCAUGUCGAAAUGUUGAAGGGUCUCAUUAAGACAGAUGAGGGUGCGACCAUUAAAGAAUACGGUCCGAUCCCGGGCAUGGAGACGGAUUAUGCGGCACAGACCAUCGUCGAUGAGGUUGUAAGCGAGGAUGAACGGUUCAUCGAAAGGGCCGCAAUACCAUUCGAGGAAGAGUUCCCUGUCGGAUCCCGCUCUUUCUUCCUCGGGGAAUAUGCCUAUGGGCGUCCCCUUCAAAUAUCGAGUCAUACCAACAACCAAGCCGAAAUAAUGGUAUCUAUACCAUCCGUGAAAGAGCCAAACUUUACGCAGCAGAUUAUCCGCCGUGCCGAGCAGCAAAGCAGCUACCGUCCAUCUUAUGCCGUUGCCAAAGACUUGGGGCUUCACCCGCUUGUCUUAAGCAAGAUUACCUCAUCAUUCUUUGUUUAUACGAUUGGCGGCAGCAUGAAGGUUAAUCUUGGAUUAAAUCUUAAAUUCGAAGGAAGGAAGCAGAAAGUGUUGGGGUACUCGAGGAAAUCGAAUUCGGGAUGGGAAUUCAGUCCUACUGCGAUUCAAUUGCUCGUAGAAUACAUGACUCGUUUCCCUGACUUUUUCGCUGCUGUGAUGCAGAACCCGUCAGGGAGUGAACUCAAUGAUACUCAACUCUGGCCGGACAGCAAUGUUGCCAGCGCUAGGAUUAAGGAGAUUGGCGCAUGGCUGAAAACCGUGGAGACCAGUAAGUUCGAGCGAGUUCCUCUCGAUGCCGAACAGCUGGACUCCGAAGUGGUAAUGCAGCUUCAGAAUGCGGUCGAUUCGCUUAGGGAAGCCAACGAAAAACACGAACCUAAGAAACUUAAGGGUGUCCCCCGGUCCGCAUUGCUUAACCCGAAGGAUGCUGCGCAACGACUGGGUAAUCAGAAAUUCAGUUUGGGCGACCGGGUCGUCUACGUACAAGCGUCUGGAAAGGUACCCAUUGCUUCAAGAGGCACAGUUGUCGGCAUCACUACUGUUGGAAACCACCACAUGCUCGACAUACUCUGCGACAACGCGUUCAUGAACGGGACAACCCUGGGCGGUCGCUGUGAUCCUUUCCGGGGACAGACUGUACCAGCCAACUCAGUGCUCAAUAUUACUAACAAGCAAGUAAUUGCAAACUCAAAGAUGAGCCUAGAAAAGCGACCGACGCAGACAACGCUACCUCUUCAUACGCGGGGGUACGGUGCACCCGGAGGUCCAGGUAGCCAACUUCGAGAUGCGCCGGCACCAGGCCCCCUUCGUGGGACGUGGCGCGGCGCCUUAAACGGGUUUAAUCGACAGCCAGGGCAAGCGCGUGGUGGUGGCCAAGCUCACCAGAAACCUAACGGGGCUCCUCGACUGCAACAUAGCAGCUCGGUCUACCAGGCUAUACCUAACAACAAUCCAUCGCAAGUGGGUACCUUAGGAUCAGCGCAACAAACCGGUGGUUAUCCCACACGUGGUCGCGGCGGCUCGAAUCGAGGUGGACGUGGCAACCGUGGUGGCAGAGGCGCUUCGAAUAGCCCUAAUAACACGAAUGGGUUUGCUCCGCAGCAGUCAUAUAAUGCUGUCCCUCCGCCGGCCGGACUAGACAGUCGCGGUGGUAGAGGGCGUCCGCGCGGUCGCGGAGGAGCAAGUGGACGUGGAAUUCGUGGCGGAUCGAAUAUGGAUCAACGUGCCGGAAAUUCUAGCUAA